CGAACCGGCCAAUGGGGAGGCGGCGUGGCGCGGUGGGGCGGGGCUGGCGGGAGCGCGCGCGCGAGGGCGAGGGUGGCGGCGGCGGCGGUUGUUGCUAGGCCGAAGGCGCUGUAACCGAGCGGCGAGCUCCCCGCACCGCGCGUUGCUGCUCCGGACCGCCGGACCGCCGCCGCCUCGGUGCUUCCGUGAGCCGCUGCUGCCGCAGGAGGAAGCCUGGUCUCGGCGCUGUCCCGAGCAGCGAGGGCAACUCGUGCAUUAUGAAAACGAUGACAGGGUCAAACGAGUUCAAACUAAACCAAACUCCAGAUGAUGGUAUUUCAUCGGUAAAGUUUAGUCCAAAUACAUCUCAGUUUCUGCUUGUUUCAUCCUGGGACACAACUGUCCGGCUCUAUGAUGUUCCUGCCAACACCAUGAGACUCAAAUAUCAACAUUCAGGAGCUGUCCUUGACUGUGCUUUUUAUGAUCCAACCCAUGCCUGGAGUGGAGGAUUAGAUCAGCAAUUGAAAAUGCAUGAUCUAAACACGGACCAAGAAAACCUUGUUGGUGCCCAUGAUGCUCCUAUCAGAUGCGUUGAGUAUUGCCCAGAAGUGAAUGUAAUGGUGACUGGAAGCUGGGAUCAAACAGUUAAAUUGUGGGAUCCCAGAACUCCCUGCAAUGCAGGAACUUUCUCUCAACCUGAAAAGGUGUAUACGCUGUCUGUGUCUGGAGAUAGACUAAUUGUGGGGACAGCAGGUCGGAGAGUGCUGGUGUGGGAUUUGCGGAACAUGGGCUAUGUUCAGCAGCGAAGAGAAUCGAGCCUGAAGUAUCAGACUCGCUGUAUCAGGGCAUUUCCAAAUAAACAGGGUUAUGUUUUAAGUUCUAUUGAAGGUCGUGUUGCAGUAGAAUACUUGGAUCCAAGUCCAGAAAUACAGAAGAAGAAAUAUGCAUUCAAAUGUCACCGUUUGAAGGAGAAUAACAUUGAGCAGAUUUAUCCAGUUAAUGCCAUUUCUUUCCAUAAUGUCCAUAACACAUUUGCUACAGGAGGUUCUGAUGGAUUUGUAAAUAUUUGGGAUCCCUUUAAUAAGAAACGACUGUGUCAGUUCCAUCGGUAUCCCACAAGCAUAGCAUCACUUGCCUUCAGCAAUGAUGGAACCACCCUUGCCAUAGCUUCUUCAUAUAUGUAUGAAAUGGAUGACAUUGAACAUCCUGAAGAUGGUAUCUAUAUUCGCCAAGUGACAGAUGCAGAAACAAAACCUAAGUCUACUUAGACUUCUGGUGAUAUCUCUUCUCUACAAAAGAGUUGCCCACCUGCUCCUAACAAGACCAAACUAAAACAAUAGAAGUGGGAAGAACAAUCUUUGUAUUGAUGUUAUUUUUAACUAAGAAAUAUUUGUUUGUAUGUUGCAGUAUGUCAUAAUCUGUCAUUACUUUUCUGAUUAGAACAGUAGUGAAUCAAUGUAUACUUUAACUGCUGUCUGUAGGUAAACUAGUUCUUUCUUGUAGGCAACUUUGCUUAUACAACUUCAUAAAAACUUAUGCCUUUUUGUAGUAUCCUAAUUAUGAAAACUUCCAAUGUUCUCAGAAUUGUUCAAUAAAUAUACAUCCUAGGUUUUUGAAAACAAA